AUGCCGGGCCUAUCAGAAAGACUACCAGGCAGCAGGCCCACAAGUCCUGUUGCCCCUCGUUCUCGUCCUCCUCCUCCUGCCAGGCCUAGCCCAGCACUGCCCAGCUGGGUUCGAGUCCUCCUGGACGACUCUAACACAAAGGCAAAAGAAUUACAACGCUUCUUGUACCGGGGCAUCAAGCCCCGGAUAAGGAGAAACAAGGAGAACGACCUCUACGGCUACCUCGAGACCUUUGAGAUCCACUGCACUUUCGACAACCGCACGACCACAGUGCACAGCCCCAUGGUGCUGGAGCAGAGCGCCUGGCUCAGGGACAGAGUGGCAGAGCGAGGCGACCCCGAGUUGCCGGUGUGCCCGCCUGAGCACAUCAGGUGGUGGCACGUCGGCUGGGUACUCGAGUAUAUGUAUUUUGGCAAGGUCCCCGGGUUUGUCAUGCUGGUGGAUGAACAGCUGCCCGCGAGGUAUCCGGACAGACUGCCGCGGUCGAUCACCGUGGGCCUGGUCGAGCUGUGGGAGGCGGCUGAGUUCUUUGGCCUUGAGGGGCUGAAGGAGCGGGCCGAGGAGGCGUUUAAGGUGUACAUGAGCAAGGGCAUCCAUCACGCCAUCUUGGUUCAACGCGGAGUACUGGGAGCUAGACCGCGUGUGGAUGCAACUGGUGCUGCGGCGGAGCGGCCUGCUGCGGAGGGAUUGGCCCGACCGGAGAUCCGGGUUGCGCAUGAGUUUGCUCAGGCUGCGUGGAAGAUCUUUCGUGGAACGGCAACAGAAACCCAUUACAUCAGAUACCUUGUUUCGGACAACGGGUGGCUCAUUUAUGCACCCCAGAUUGCAGAAGAUGCGGAAGCCCUUGACGCCUGGGAGAGCUCCAUGUUCGACAAGGACGGCUUUGCCGACGACGACGAGUUACCACCGGAUCGUUCCCUUUCGCCUCAGUGCCUCAACACCUUCAGCGUCCUGAUGACCAACCUGUGCAUGUGGUUUGCAAAUUCGGGCCUGUUCGAACUGGAGUGGUUUCAGGCGUUUCUGCCUGAGGUUGGACCACGGCCCUUGCUAUAUGCGUUGAAUAGGAUUAUGAGGGAGACAGUUGCCAGCUGGCCGCGUGAUGAGUACCCACACGCGCCAUUCUCCUUUGAACGGGAGGAUCCGUGGAGGUUAAUCGCGUCGAACACCAGGGCAGUGCCGCCUCGUCCGAGGACGAGAAACAUGCAACAAGACAGACUGGUUAUCGACCUGUCAUUCAGUUAG